CACGGUGGAAACGGUGAAAACCCGGCUAUUGAGCAUGUUGUGCAUGUUCGGACUUCUUGUAGGCUGGAGAUCUGUCAGUUGUUGCAAGUGUCAUUUCUUGCUAAUUGGAUGGAAUAGAAUAAUUAACACUACGACUGGCGAUAAGUACUUAUAAGGCUUUUAGUUUUACACAACACCAGGAGUAAGAUCUCGAAGGAUCAUUGUAAAAUUUGGUCUAGCAUAGGUGGGAAUUCAUGUAACCUAUACCAUGCUUUAAUGUUGUGCAUAGGUAAUGGCAAAACCAGAGAUGCGGAGCCUCGUUAGAGAUCUGGAUCUAACUCUCCAGCCUCGGGUUGCUCCACGGUAUAAAGCUUGGCUUCCCCUUGCUACGCAACAACUUCGAUUUAGAAGUUUGAUUCAAGUAAUUGGCCAUAAUUUGAAAACUGAUGCAAAAACCGACACAUGCUGUUUUUAUUAUACCAUUCAUAGGACGGUUAUGUCGUCUCCGUUAUAUACAAGUGAAACUUUAGAUAAUGCGAGCCCUCGUUGGGCUAAUCUCGAAGUGCCUACUUUGCAUGCCACCGGCCACUCUGCUGCCAGUGAAAUUGUUCUAAGAUUGUGGAGAAGGGUAAUAAUUGGAGAUCCAACAUCGGACGUUACCAUAUUUACUUGGGGCAUAUCAUUUACUGGUUUAACAUAUAUCGGACCCAAGUUACCAAGCAACUUGGAUAUUAUUCUCUGCAAUAACUCACUUGUCUUUCACCUUCAUGGAGGAUACUUUACACCUUCGUUUUGCCUAACAAAUCCACCAAAUCUAAUGAGAUAUUUGCACAUGAGUGUAAACUCUUCAGAAAUAAAGGACAGUUAUACCGUCAACAAACUGAGUAGUCUACGCAGUAAAAUGCAAGCACUGAGGCAACAAUCUGAGUCAGUACGAAUACUGCGAGAGCGCAUUGCAUCAGGAGAUGACAUGCAAACUCCAAAGUUUCCACAAUCUUCAUUGAACAGAUUAUUGCAGCCCAGAAAGGUUACUCGAGAAAAAAGGGCAGAGAUAAUGAGAAUACGUAAAGAGCUUGAGGUUGCUAGAUUUCGAGCAAAAUUAUUGGAGCAAGAAAGAGUGAGAAAAAUGGGAGAGUUGCGAGCUCUCAACCAACUUCACAGUAGUAUUAAAGAGGAGAAUCAAGACCACGGGUCUGACUUAAUGGAAAGAUAUCGAGAGCUAAACAGGGAUGUAGAAAAAUUACAUGAAUGGCGGCAGAAUCACGUGGAAAAACGAGACACCUUCAUUCAAACCACUUCUCAACUCGCUCAUAGGAGAAGGCAAUUAAUUUCAGAAUUAUGUUUAAUCUACCCAAUUCAACAGGAACGGGAUGGAAAAUUUAUGAUAAAUAAUGUUCAUUUGCCAGACAGUGAGGAAUUGGAGUCAUCAAAUGAUACCCAAGUUGCUGUCGCACUUGGAUCAGUCGCUCACACAACACAAAUGAUAGCGAGUUUUCUGAAUGUACCUACAAGAUAUCCUAUAAUUCAUUAUGGCUCUCGUAGUAAAAUUAUUGAUCAUAUUACUAAUAACCUUCCUGAGAGGCAGUUUCCUCUAUUUUCUCGAGGUAAAGAUAAACUGCAAUUUCAUUAUGCAGUGUAUCUGUUAAAUAAAAAUAUAGCUCAAUUACGAUGGUACUGUGGUCUUCCUACAAUGGAUUUACGAGCAACGUUGCUAAAUCUUUCCUCUUUGAUUAAUAUAAAACAAAGUCAACCAUUUGAUAGUUCAAAGAGGACAUUUUCUGGUUCUUCACUCGAUACCGAAACGGGAAGUAGCAAACAUAAUAUGCCCCUUACACCACCAAUUCAGAAAGUAAUGUUUGAAAAGUGUCACCGGUCCUCUCGGUCGAUAAGUCAGUUGAAAUGUGUAAGAUCUUCUCUUGGCUCCUCUUUGGAUCAAGGUCUAGACAAAACAGCGCUAUCGCUCGUUUUGAGUAAUCAAUCAAAACGUAUUUGUAAAUCUGAGGAAAGUGCCAUCGAUGACAAAACUUUAACCUUACCUGAAGGUCGAUCUAGUAAUAGUAGCGAUGAAACUUUAAAUGGAACUAUUUUUAAUAAUACAAAAGUUGCUAAUGCAAGCUGCUAUGCAGAAAUUGAUGCUACCUUAAUUAACAAUUUCAUUGAAAUUACGAUACCAAUUUCGGUAUCAAAGCCAAAGAAUACGUCAGAGAAUGUGGAAAAUACCGUUAAUACAAGGCAACGAAGUUCUAAUUCCAUAAGCAGUUGCGAAAUGGCACUAUCAAGUAGUCAAAUCGAUGGAGAAGAUAGUUUGAACGAUAAUCCAGUCAAAACUAAUGACAGCAACGAGUCAGUGUUUUCGGCUGAUGAGAGAUUAGAGAGCCCUCGAGAUCACGAAGGGGCUGUGACUAACGAUUCAAAAUCGAGUUAUGCAAUUUCCAGUGAUGCUCUUCAAAGGAAUCAACACCCAACGAAUAGUGAUUUAAGUCUAGGGAAUUGUAGUGAAAAUUUCUGUGACAAUAGUGAAGUGGCAACGAACUCAAAUCCGUUGGUGAGUUCUAGUAAAGAACAUUCUUACGACAGAGUCAGUCAAGAGAAAAUGUCGAGUUCAAGUAAUUCUGAAGAUUGCUUCACGUCAAAGAAAGUUCCUGGACGAAAAAUAUAUGACCCAGAGUUAAGGCGUGAUCGAGGAGAAUCGCAACUCUCUCAACAGGACUGGUUAUACGGUGAUCAUGCUAAGAGCUUUGAAGAGUCGUCCCUGUUUUUUAAAUAUGAUGAAAUACUAAAUCAUGGAUCGCUGUUGAAUCAAUUACCGUACCAUGUAGUCAACGAAGAGAAGGAAAAGUUUAGAGAUCUACAGGCUUCGUCGGAAUAUUUAAAUUCAAUGAAACGUAGUUCGGAUAAUGUAUUUGCACGAACAGAAGCAUUAGCUAGUAAAAACACUAGCUUUAAGGUAAUGAAGCCACGACCAUAAUGUUUUGUAAAUACUUAGCACUGACAGUGUGAAACCGCAAAGUACGUUUAAGGAAUAUGCGUACGCUACUUAAUUUCAGAUAAAUAAGAUAUUACGCUGUCGAUAAUUUUACCAUUCUAAAAGAUUACUUUAGUGUAUGUGUAUACUGUAAGUAACGUUACUGUAAUGUUGAGUAUUGAACUUGUAAAUUAAGAGUACAGGAUGCACAUUUCAUUUGAUUUUUUGAGGUGACAUUAUGCCACAGUUACAAUAAUUUAUAUAACGACACGUUUAUGUGAAAAGGUGUAUAUUUCAACUUAACGAUAGGAAGGGGACUUUGCCAUUUACCAAGCUUUGUACAUAUUUGAAACAAAAUGAAACUGUACAUUAUUCUUUGAGUAGAAGAGAGGUCUGAACAUCGAUUGAAACUACAGCCUUUAAAUGGCUGAUUCCUAUUGCAUCAAUGAAAAUAUUAUACGUCCUUUAUGUUGUUAAAAAUAUGAAAAAUAGCCAUAUGUGAUAUUUUUUCUUAAUAACAAUUUCCUUAUCGAUAUUUUCAUUCUUAAUCGAUGAUGAGAAGUUAAAGCAAUACACGUUCCUUAUUGGUUCAUGUUUACAACCUGCGUAAAAAUGUACCAUUGAAAAGAAAAGUUUCUAUUGAUUAUUGAUACGUUAUGUUGCUGUUUAGUAAUUGUGUAAUGAGAUUAAUAUGUAUUCAAAUAAAAUUACGUUUCCGUACUAUUGAGAA